AUGAAAUCUGCAGCUAGUCAACGACGCAAGACCAGUCGCAGUAUCUACAAGUUCUUUACAAAGCUCAAUGGUCUUCACCUGCAAAGCGAUGCUGCAAGUUUUCUCGAAAAGCACUUUGAAGAUCAGCCCGACAUUGACGAAGCAUUGUCCCAGUUAGCUAAAGCCUACAAAAAACAGUUCACAGACGAGAACAUGUUCGUGAAGAAAAAUGACUUGGAGAGUUUGAUAACUUCUUUAAACAAUGUUACACCAUCUCGCAUUGAAAAUGAUAUCAACAGCGGCAUUCAGGAUAUGACAAUCGAUGACGGGCCGAUCGACAUUACACAACAUUUCCACGUAGUCAACGCCUUUGACAUGCCGAGAAUGUAUUAUGACAUUCGUCGCAAAGGAUUUGUCAAAUAUGCGACAACGCCUUCCUUGAUGUCUACACCCAAAGAGAAAAGUGAACUUUACAGGGAUCGACUCCAGCUUGUGAAACAACGAGUGUUGCGCGAUGAGCACUUUGAUCAGUCAUCAUCAUCACAGACGAUAGAUCCAGAUUCGAGUUCAUAUCUCAAGAUUACACCUAUAAAGGCACUGAUUGGACGCGAUCGUGAACACUUUUUACUGUUUGGCAUGUUGACCCAGUUGGAAGAUGGCAAAGUUUUCUUGGAGGAUGAAGAUGCCAACGUGCAACUCGAUUUAUCACAAUGUGCAUAUACAUCAGGUUUUUUUACCGAUCACACCUUUGUGCUAGUCGAAGGCUUGUACGGCGACGACCACGUUUUUCAUGUAUAUGAAAUGGGCUUUCCACCUGCUGAACCACGUACCACAUCUGAGAAUUUCACGCAUGUCGAUUUCCUUGAUUUACAAAAGCCGACUAUUGACAAGCACCGACUAAAAGCCGAGGAGGAAUCAAAUGAAGAUGUUUUCUUUGCUAUCAUAUCAGAUGUUCACCUAGAUGAGCCUAUGGUUAUUCCAUCACUUCGCCGUGUCUUUGAACGUUAUUCAAGCACACGAAUUCCUUUGGCCUUCAUACUGAUAGGAAACUUUAGUCGACAAGCCUUUAGUUAUACGGGACAAAAUACUGGACCAUAUAAAGAUAGCUUUACAGUGCUGGCAGACCUGAUAUUUGAAUUUCAAGAAAUAGCCAGCAAUUCGUAUUUCAUUUUCGUGCCUGGCUGUCGAGAUCCAUGGGGAGGCCUUAGUUUGCCCCAGCCUGCUUUACCUGAAUUUCUUACAAGUCGUGUACAACAUAAAGUGCGGCGAGCUAUAUUUACUUCCAACCCAUGUCGUAUUCGGUACUGUACCCAGGACAUUGUGGUGUACAGGGAGGAUCUCUUCAACGCACUCUCAAGAAACGCUCUUUUAGCGCCAAGGUUGGAAGAAGACGAAGAACCUUCAAAACAUUUGAUACGCACAAUCAUCGACCAAGGCCAUCUCUCACCAUUACCCCUCACGAAAAGGCCUAUCUAUUGGGCUUACGAUCAUAGUAUGCGACUAUAUCCCUUACCACACGCUCUGAUCCUGGCAGACGAAUGUGAAACCUUUGGUGUUACGUAUCAAGGCACACACUGUCUCAAUCCGGGAAGUUUUCCUAAUUCAUCCUUCUCAUGGAGAGAAUAUUUUCCAGCAAAACAAACGUCAGAAAAAUGGUAA